AUGCAGGCAGAGCUACAGAGUCAAGGUCAAGAGUUAACUGGUAGUUCAGGGUUUGGUCUGUCUCUGAGUGUGAUGGCAGCCCUGUCUGAGAACAUGUUGACCGUCAGCAUGUUACUGAAUGUCUUCUUCUUCUCAGGAGUUCAGACUUGUAAACCAGCCCUCAGCAUUACUGCACCAGAGGAGAUGGAAGCUCUGAGUGGAUCCUGUUUGCUAAUCCCAUGUAGCUUUAGAGAGAAACCAGGAGAAACCAUUGAUGUCAAGAAGAAAACAUUUGGAGUUUGGAUAAAAAGUAAUCCUGUGUUUAAAGUUAAUAAAUUUAACGUGAUCUACAACAGCAGUAAGCCAAGGAACAGCUAUAACAUGAACAUUACUGGAAACCUCAGAGAGAGAAACUGCACCACUGUAUUUUUUAAUGUAAACGCAAGUCAAACAGAGAACUACUUCUUCAGGGUUGAGAACAGGCCGUUCAAAGCAACAGCUUCCUGUCAUCCUGUUAAUAUAACAGUUAGAGAUUCAGCUUGGAGCCCCAGGAUUGAAAUCUCAGGUGAUGUGAAGGAGAAGGACUCUGUCACCAUAACGUGCUCAGCUCUCACUCCCUGUCCACAAUCACCUCCUGAACUCACCUGGAAUCUCCAACCAGACUCUCCCAGACAGAUGGAGCAGAUCACAGAUGGAACGUUUAGAACUAAAAUCCAGCAGAUCAUCACUCUGUCAGACACACAUGAUGGAUACAACAUCAUCUGUUCUGUCAGAUAUCCUGUGGAUGGAGGAAAACACAGCAAGACAGCAAAGACAGAAGUGACUCUCAGUGUUUCCUAUGCUCCCAAAAACACCUCAGUAUCCAUCAGUCCAUCAGCAGAUAGCUGGGUGUACCUGAACUGCUCCAGCAGAGCCAAGCCUCCCAUCAGCUGCUUCACCUGGUUCAAGAAGAGCAAACAUGGAGCCAUGAAAGUAGCUGAAGGAGACGUUUAUAGGAUCAAUGUCACUGAGGGGGGAGUUUAUUACUGUGUGGCCAUGAAUGAUCUUGGUAAUCAGACAUCAGCUGAAGUUGAUCUUAAUGUUCCAGAAAAAGAGAUUGAUCCAACUGUUGGAGGAAAAAGUACUCCGCUCUCUGAUUUCUUCUUUUUGUGA